AUGGUGAAAGCUUCAACUCAUACGGAGGAUGGAAUUCGCAUAUCAGAGUCACAUCAGUUGACCUAUCUCGCAUUUGCAGAUGAUAUCGUUCUCUUUACUAUUAGCCUUAUAGAAACACAGAACUACUUGGAUGGUGUCAUGCGAGAAGCAAAGACUGUGGGGCUAGAAAUAAACGAAAGGAAGACAGAGGCGUCCUGGCAAAUGGAAAGCAGCUAUCCAGAUGAGUUUACUUACCUUCGAUCGACUAUAACUGAUCUCUCUUACAACUCAAACGGUGACAUCAUAGACAGAAGGAGAGUGGUAUGUGGAGCAAUGAUGCAGCUUAAACACCCCUGGUCGCCUAACAUGAACCCAACAAAGGAGAUAAAGAUGUAA